UUACACAUGAAGUUUGAGUGAAAAAUAAUAAUAAUCGACUACCUAACAAAAAAACAUUUGUAAAAAGAUUAAAUGCAAUCAGAAUAAACCAUAUGGAGCACGUCAAUUAAAGGAUAUGGAAAAACGAGGAGGAGUCACUGCUACAAGACCUCGACACGAACAGAGGGGAGUUUGAGAGAAAAUACAUUAAUAUGCUAUUUUGUAACGGCUUCAAAAUUAGUCUAGCCCCAAUCAUAACCAGAGAGAACGUCGCGUGAUCACCAACCGAGGAUUGGUAGGCUAACUAAUCAAUGAUUGUUGCUCUCCUGAUGCUCAAUUGUAUUCAUGCAGGCUACUGUUGCGGCUGUACACUCUAACCGGCAUCACCAUUGGAAAGCUAUUACGCGGAUAUAUUGUAGCAUCGCGACCUCCGAACGAAUCAUUCUGAGCUGAUAUUGGUGUGGGUCGUUCAGGUUAGGUUUUUGUAUUUUAUAUUUGUGAGGACAUCGGAUUGCCAUUUCGUUUACUGAAUGUAGCCGUCAAUUUUAUUUGGCCGCCGUAUGAAUUCUCCCAUCGGAUUCGCGUCAGUGUACGUUUUUGUUUUCAGACGGGCAGUUUGUUUAGAGGGCACCCUCACUAUCAUAACUAAAGACAAUUUGAUUUCUGAUUCCCCAAUUACUGCUUUUGGAAUAUGUCUGGACAGUCUAUCACGGAUCGGAUCGCUGCGGCUCAGCACAGCAUGACAGGAUCCGCUAUAAGCAAAGCCGUCUGCAAGGCCACGACGCAUGAAGUCAGCGGACCCAAGAAGAAACACCUUGACUACCUGAUCCACUGCACCAACGAGCUGAACGUGAGUGUCCCCCACCUGGCUGACACGUUGUUUGAGAGGACGGCCAACAACAGCUGGGUUGUGGUGUUCAAGGCCCUCGUCACCACGCACCACCUCAUGAUGUACGGCAACGAGCGAUUAAUCCAGUAUCUGGCGUCCAGAAACACACUUUUUAACCUGAACAACUUCUUGGAUAAGGGAGCAUUACAAGGUUAUGACAUGUCAACGUUCAUCAGACGCUACAGCAGGUACCUGAAUGAGAAGGCCAUGUCCUACAGACUGGUGGCUGUGGACUUCACCAAGAUGAAGAGAGGGGUCGACGGUGUGAUGCGCACCAUGACUGUUGAGAAGCUGAUCAAGACUCUGCCUAUCAUUCAGAAUCAGCUGGAUGCACUGCUGGACUUUCAGGCUAACUCUAACGAACUGACCAAUGGCGUCAUCAACAGCGCCUUCAUGCUGCUCUUCAAAGACUCCAUCCGCCUCUUUGCCGCGUACAAUGAAGGAGUCAUCAACAUGCUGGAGAAAUAUUUUGAUAUGAAGAAGAACCAAUGCAAAGACGCCCUGGAGAUUUAUAAGACGUUUCUGAACAGAAUGACCAAGCUGUCAGAGUUUCUCAAAGUUGCAGAGGAGCCGACACACUGUACAAACGACCUCCCAGGCCUGUUGUAUGCAAAUGCAGUGUGUGUGUGUGCACGCGAGUUUUCCCAAUUGUUCUACACAGUGCUAUCCUCACUUGGUGCAUUAAUGUUUCCCCAUGCCCCCCCCCCCUCUCUCCACCAGGCCCCUAGCAGCCUCCUGGAAGCCUUGGAGCAGCAUUUGGCCUCUCUGGAGGGGAGGAAAAUCAAGGAGCUCUCCACAGCCACCAGAGCUAACACCUUGUCUAGUGCUGUGUCGUCACUGUCCAGCACUGGAAUCUCCCUCAGCCGCAUGGACGAGAAGGAGGACGAGAACAGGCUCAAGGACGAGGGAGCCAAGGUGAAUGACGUGCAGACGCCGACCGUCUCUCCCAGCGCCCAGUCAGUGGGCAGUGCCAACAGCAGCAGCGGGGCCACAGACCUCUUCUCCAACUCACCUGUUGUAUCCGUUACAAAUAACGUGCCAAAUCUCACCGGUGACUUGUUCAACCUCCAGCCCACCUUCAACCCGGACAUCCAGAGCACACACACUGUGCCGUCUAACAACAACGCCUGGGGAGGUUUGGGGCUCCCAGGGGACCUGUUGAAGCCAGCUCAGCCCACACACAUCCACAGCCCUGGGAUACCACUGCAGUCUGGGGGGAAAAUGAUGCCCACUGACCUGGACUCCUCCUUAGCCAACCUUGUUGGCAACUUGCAGUUCGGAGGAACACCAGCCAAAAAGCCAGAGCUUCAGUGGACCCAGCUGGUAGAGAAGAAGCCCACGGGAGGGACUCACUGGCAGUCCAAAACCAUGUGCACCACCCCCAACUGGAACCAUCAUGCCCCCAUGGCUCCUCAACCUAUGCCCAUACCACAAAUGAAUGGAAUGAUCUAUACUGGCUAUGCUCCGGCUCCAGUGGCUUUUCCUAUGACGACACCUCAAGUGCCUGUUUAUGGAAUGAUGCCUCCUCAUCAGAUGGGGCAAAUGGGUGGAGUCCCUAUGAUGGCACCACAGCAUAUGAUGUACAACCAACCUGUCCUUCGGCACACCAAUCCAUUCGCUCCCAUGCCAGGAGCCCAGAUGCACUUCAUGUAGGACCGGGAGUAUCUUACCAUGACAGUAAAGCAGAGAGACAAAACCAACCAGAACCAAAUGCAACGCGAGAUGGAAGAGAGAAAGGAGCAGAAGACGGUGGUGGAGACAGACUGGUGAUGUGUUGGUGUCGGUGCUCUUUCAGUGGCCUCUUUGUGGGAUGGAACCUCUGUUACAUUCUGCAUCAUGGCUGAUAUAAGAGUCCCAUCUAAGUCCUUUGACAAGUCACAGCUCACAUUCAUUCUGUAUUUGAUUUGCUCAUUUGAACGGGUAUCGUUCCGCCUGUUUGAACCCAUGCUAUGACGACGGCUGCAUUCCAGUUUGGAGCUUGGCCCCUUUGCAGCGAAUUCUAGACGACUGCUCCCCCCCCCCCCCCCCCCCCAUCCGUCAGUGUCAAUGGACAUCUCUUUCUCUGAUAGUUUGCACGCACUUUAAUCAAUGUGAACUUUGCCAAGGGUGUACAUACGCAUUGUCCAAUUAGGAUCUCAUACAAACCACUACAGAACUCCUACGUCUUUUCUCUCCAAUGUUCAUGUCAGAGUUGCGGUAGCCACCGUUUUCAUGCAUUUCAAUCAAUGUUCACCAAACAUUUUGGAGUCGACUCCGUAUUCAUUCCAAUUUUUUUUGUUUCACAACCAGUUCUAGUCAGACAUUGGACAAAUGGCUUGGAGACACGUGGUUUGUGUACGUGUGUGCAUGUACAGUAUAUCUGUCUGUGUGUUCAUUUGCGGUGCCCUCGGAUCUAAAUGUACAGAAGCUAUUGUGUCAUGUUUUCGUAGGUUCCUGUGAAAGCUAUGGUCUGUGUGGCGAGGGCUGCCCACUGUACUAGUUUUAAAUGGUGUGCUCCGUGCCUACAUAGACCUACGGUGUACUCCUAUGAAAGAAAUGAAGAAGGCCCACUCAAGUUCAUACGGAACCGUCGUAAGUCAUGACACAUUCUGCGUCUGCCGUGCCACCCGUUGUUCGCUCUGCUCGAUGCUAUUUCAGGUUGUUUUUAUAUGUGAUCCAUGUUCCUUUAGCUACCACAACGGUGCGUGGAACUUCCCGCCAUCUCAUUCGUUUCUGCUCUUUGAAACAGAUACGCCGUCCUUGUAAUGGUCCUACCAGUCUCGCCCCAUGUCAGUGAGUAAACGUUGGGAGAGUGUUCUUUGUGUUUCUUCUCGUAUCGCCCCCAGGUCGAUGCCCAGUGAGUCGUCGCAUGUGUCGUUGUUGUGUUUCUGAGUGGCAGUUUGUUGUGGUGUGGCUCCUCACCAACCCCGGGAGAAUGUUUGUUGAGGAGCUUGUUUCGGAGACUCUGCUUCGCGAGACAGUGAAACUGACAAUCGCUCCAGUAAGUCAGCAACUAUCUGCCACGUUGUAACUCCAGCCCCAGAGAGAGCCUAGCUUGCUGACCUGGGACCAUUUUUUUUGCCGGAGGGCAAAGGACAAGUGAGGAGGAAGUAGAGAGAUCUGUAAAUGUGAUCGAGGGUCAUGUCUGUCAGAAACUCCCCGGCGUACGUAACGGUGACAGACAGACGGCAUAUAUAGCACAAACCCCGGAGGGGGCGAGCGUUUUACUGCACAAAACUAAAACCAUUGCUGGGAUGUACAGUCAAAGGGGCUGGGGAAAUCCUUGUUUUCUAUUGAUUGUGUUUCUAUAUGUCCAUGCCUUCCCAGUGAGAUAAACAGGGUAGUGUUCCUCAACGAGGCCUCCCAGCUUCUGGUCCUCCGAGGUCAGUGGGGUCACUGAAGUCAUCCAGGCCAUCUGGUAGUGUGUAUUUAGCAAUGAGUAGUCAAGUGUCGUAACGUGUCUCAAUACAAGUCCGUCGUCUGUUAGAUUGCUGUAGAGCCUCUCAUUCUGCUAAUCAUUGGCUCUGUCAAGACUACCGCAUUCUGAUGCCCUGUGACCAGCCCACAUUUUGUAGAUGUUCUUUGAAACGUAAUUCUGUCUCAAUGUCAUCUGUGUCAAUUGAAUGCUUUUAUGCAAGUUCAUGCAGUCCCAUAGACCAAUUCUGACUGUUACGCUGUCCUCUGUAUAUAAGCUUGUAUGUUUUUUGACAUGUGCUCUGUAAGUGAUAGCCCAUUGGGAGACAUGGGUUGUUAUUGCUGUGUCUGUGGUGGGGUCAUUGUGCUUGGUGGUGUCAUGGGGUGUACGUCUGUGAUGUUUGUGUGUAUCUUGAUGAGGGAUGGGGGUUGGGUUCAACAGUAUCACAUCUGGUCUACCAAGAGUGUCUUCAUUGUGGCAGUGGACACUGUCCUCUCCGUACAGGAACAUUUUGCACCAAAGUCAUCAAGCGCAGCUUUUUCUCGAGGUCACAUUGCUGAUAUCCAAUUUGGAGGAAUUUGAUUUCAGCGACAAGUCUUUUUGCAUGAUUAAUGUUGUCUUUUUAUUGACUUGUGUGCCCGGUAAAGAGCAUGAUCAUAUGUGAAAUUUCACUUACCGGUGUGUUUGCAAAUGUUUCUGAAUUUCUCCAUGAGAUUUUGACUUACCUCUUUACAUAAGCGUCCAUUAGCGUUCAUAAAUGUGUGUGUCCCAGCAGAUAUAACUGUGUGUCUGUUUUGCAUUUGAAAUGCAAUUCAAAGCUCUUAUCAAAUAUCUAUUCAGUUACGAGACCACACAUUUGUGAAACAACAUGAAUAUUAAGGCUAUGCAUCGCCUAGCUAGCUCGACAUUCAAGUCUUGUAAACCCCUCCUUGUGAAAGCGUUGCUAUUUUCAAUACAUUUUGUUGAACGCUUGCUCUUUUUUUUUUUUGAGUACUCUGCCAACGUUUUUGGAUUUCUCUAAGUGUGUUCAGUCUUGUCCCUCUUCCAUUGGAUCACGUCAUUCUCGGCCAAUAUUGGUAAUCUUCCUUUACGCCUGCAGUGGAAAAUCUCGCUCCCUUAUCUUUUAGCCACCGAAAGAUGUCAACAUGCAUUGUCACUUUUUGCCUGAUGUACUCUGGCUAUGUAUAAUAUACAUUUAUGCAUAUUUCACAAUAUGAGCACAGUAUACCUAUCUAUUGUUUACCGUGUUCUAUUCCAUAUUGCCCAUCUGAAAACGGUCAUUUUUCCCCCUGUGAUGAAACGAAGCAUUGUCCAGGAUGUCCUGUUUUGGAAGUGAGGGUCCAUACCUUUUUUGAUUUUUCAUUUCUUUUUGUACAUCAAAUGGAUUGAUAACACUGUAUUGUCAAUGCUAAAUUACAUUGUUAUAAACAAUUGGUUUUUUUCUUUUUAAAUGCAGAGGUUGUUGUUUUUGGAAGACAAUUGAAUAAAAUGUCAUAUGUUG